AUGGGCCGGAGUACGGCGGCGGUCGGCUUGCUUCUGCAGACGUUCAGAGGGAAAGAGGAUAUCAAGGGUACGCAUUGGGCCAAAAGAGCCUUCUUCUACAAAAUUGUUAAGAUGCUAUCUAAAUCGGAUAUCGGUCUUUGUAAACCUGGUACCAUUGAUGAUGAGUUUGUCCCUUUACAAAGGGGUUUUGACGACGCAGAAAAAUGGCUAGCAAUCUACACCUUCAGUUUCCUUUUAAAGAAAAAUGCAGUUUUAAGAACUAGUGGUAAAUAUCCCAGUCCAUAUUUACUUUUAGCAAACAUAUCUUUAUGUUAUAAACUAGUAAUUAAUGCUCUCGCUGUGCAUUCUGAUGACUCAGGUCGCCUUCAAGGAAAUAUCGAUAAUUUUCUGUCUCGGCCGCACUGGGUACGUAAGGGCUUACUGUGCUUGUUAUAA